AUGGAGUCUCGCAAGCCGAGCUUCGACCUGGGCAAGGAGCUGACGUGUUCGAUAUGCACUGAGCUCCUCUACCAGCCGCUCACUCUGCUCGACUGCCUUCACACGUACUGCGGCGCCUGUCUCAAAGAAUGGUUCCGCUUCCAGGCUGAAAAGGUCGGCCGCGCGCCUACCCCGCCACCUCCAGACGCAAUCAUCUUCACAUGCCCGUCAUGUCGAAGCUCGGUGCGGGACACACGGCAUAAUGCCACUGUUGCGACUCUGCUCGACAUGUACACCGCCGCCAACCCGGCCAAGGCGCGGUCAGAGGCCGACAAGCAGGAGAUGGAGGAAAAGUACAAGCCGGGCGAUCUGGUUCUGCCCAAAGUCAAGACCCGAGAACGGACGGCUGAGGAGAAGCGCGCAGAGGAGGAAGACCGGAGGCUCAUCGACGAGGUCAGGGAGAUGAGUCUACGAGAGGCAGUUGCCGCAGCCGUGCCAGAUACCCCGCGAGCGAGAUCGGCUCGGAGACACGCAGAAGGUCGGAGCAGCGAUGGGCAUUCCCGAUCAGGCUCAGAUUAUAGAUCGGAGGGCCGUUCGCAACGGGCAAGAGAUGGGAGAGGUGGGAAUGGGCAGAGCAAUACAGACCAUUUGGCUGUGGAAAGCGACUCGCAGUCUCGGAGCAGACGGAGCGAGUCCCGGCAACGCCAAGUCGAGCAUCAGUCGUCACUAAGGUCUUUAAUCGGGUCCGAGAUGAGUGAGCGAGAUAUCGAGAAGGAAAUCGAGGAGUUUGCACGGCAAAUCCAAGAAGAGGGUCUUUUAGACGGCCUUGACCUUGACAACAUCGACCUGAGCCGAGAUGACGAACUCAGUCAGCGCAUCACGGAAGCGUAUAGAAGGCGCCAAAGGGGCCGCUCAAGGCAAGAGUCAGAAAGAAGAGCCGAGGCUCAUGCGAACAGUAAUGCCACAUCUACGUCGAGGGAUUCCAGGCUCCGGCCUGACAAUGCCCGACCCCAAAGCCGGCAUCGAGCGCAUUCACGAUCGACAAGCGAAGUUGGAGACAGGAAUAGGCCGCCAGUUUCCCCAUCAGCAAACCUCGGAGUCCGAGAGCCAGAGAGGAGAGCAAGAAGGCGAACGACUAGCGGCGGUCAUCACGCAACACCACCUAUAGUCUCGUCUCUGUCAGCCAUGGAUACGAGGCCCGCUGCCCACUCCCAAAAUGAUUUAGUCUUGAGGAGGGACCCGAAUGAAUUUGAUCCUUCGGCAUCAGUACCUGCUCUCAGGAUCGGCAGAAGCUCCAGCUCGACCACUGUCCCUGCUGCUGCUCAACCGGCCGAUAGACCAGCAAUUGGCAAUGGGAAAAUUGCAUCCUUUGCGAGCCGCGCGCAGAGCUAUCCAUCAGCUUCCUCGACUCCGAAUUCGAUCAACUCUGAACUGAUGGAGAUAACAGCGGCGCGAAAUUCAAAAUCGAGCCGGUCAACCGAAGUAGUGGUUAGCCCCGCUGAUUCUCUGGUAUCUAGCCCCAUCCAAAGUCCAACGGCGGCGACGUCGAGACACCAACCACCACGAUCUCAGCUUUAUGAAGAGCCUUCAAUUAGCUGUUCAAGAUGCAAAAAGCCUGACAUUCAAUACGACGUGCAUUACAAUUGCAAGGCGUGCAGUGACGGCCACUGGAACAUGUGCGUUGACUGCUAUCGGUCAGGCAAAGGCUGCCUCUAUUGGUUUGGAUUUGGCUACGGCGCUUGGAAGAAGUGGGAGAAGCGGAAGCAAGCCGACGAAUCGAUACCCAUGCCUCACAUGCUGAACGCUGGUCGUUAUAAGCGGCCAGCGUCAACAACUCUCAGCGCGGACGGUGGCAAGAAAUUGACGACUGACGAUCCAAGGUCGAGACUGGAGACUGGCACGUUUUGCUCACGGUGCUUUGCGUGGACCAACGAUUGCUUCUGGCGCUGCGACUUGUGCAACGAGGGCGACUGGGGGUUCUGCAACAACUGUGUGAAUCAGGGCAAGUCGUGUAGCCAUAGGCUUCUGCCAUUGGCUCAUGAAGGAACGUUUAAGUCUACGUACGAGCCUCGCAGUCCCAGGUCGGGCGGCCGACCCUCUACAGCGACGGUCAUAACAGGGGCACAGCUAUCUGGGAUCGGACCAUUUAAACCAUUAAUAUUCAACUCAAAGUGCGACAUUUGCAAGGAUGCCAUUCCGCCAUCUUCAACUAGAUAUCACUGUUUUAGUUGCUCAAGCUCGGCUGUGCAAGACGCCACUCCUGGAGACUACGACAUAUGCACUUCCUGCUACGGCAGCCUGGAAUCCAAGGGGGAUAUUAGCGAAGAAAACGGCUCCUCGGGGUGGAGGAGGUGCCCUAGUGGCCAUAGAACGGUCGUUGUUGGGUUCAUGGAAGGCAAACUCGGACAGUGGCGAUACGUAGAAAGGGACCUCGUUGGCGGGAGGGCCCUCCGCUCCGAGCCUCUCGAGAAUAUUGCGCACCCGGGUUUUCAGAAGUGGUCAUGGCAUGAUGGAGAAGAAAAGGUAGAGCGCCUUGUCGCCACAGAAGUGUCGGCGACAGCCCCAGAAAGCUUUGGCGAGAUAUCGUAUGCGCGCACCUUUCCACCCGAUGGCGGCUCCGGCCAGGUGGCCCAUGCGAUGUGGUCGUGGUAUCCCAAGUCUGGCGCUGAGGAUGAGCUCAUGUUUCCCCGAGGGGCCGAGAUACAGGAGAUGCGGGAUAUCAAUGGCGACUGGUUCUUUGGGACGUACAUGGGUGCCAAGGGCUUGUUCCCAGCGCCGUACGUGAAGAUGCCACAGUCAUGA